UUCAGCCCACUCAUUCAUUCAUCAUAAUCUUCCACCUCCUCCUUCCACCACCCCUCAUACAGUAGUAGUACUUUCCUUCUACCUCAUUUUUUUGUUCCUCUAAUACUAUCAACCUCCUACUGUAUGUCGCUUUCAACUCUUACAAACACGCAGUGGAGAGAGAGAAGAGAAAAUAAGAGAUAAAUAACCUCCUCCUUUAUCAGGUUAUAUGCGGUAUACAAAUAGGCUCAACCUGUAGUUGCAUCUGCCUCAGUCUCUUCUUUCAUCUUCUUCCAGUUUUCAUGUAUGUUCAAAGGCUAAACUAGCGAAGGAUUUGCUCCAAUCUCUUACAGAAAAAAAAUUCAUAAAAAAAAUAAGAAUGUCGACCGAAGUCACCCAUCUCUUGCCCGAGCAAGUCUGCUAUGUUCACUGCAAUUUCUGCAAUACAGUCCUCGCGGUAAAUAUUCCCAGCGACAAUAUGUUUAAUAUUGUUACAGUAAGAUGUGGGCAUUGUGCCAAUCUUCUAUCAGUGGAUAUGGGGGGUGUGGUUGAAACUGAGACACUGCAAAAUCAUCAGAAAAUUCAGUACGGUAUGAAAUCUCUGGAUCUCCAUGUGCAUUCGGGGCCAGUUUCUGAAUGCAGUAGGACAUCAACAGUCAACACAGUGGACGUAGGCCAACAAAGACUCUUGCAUAAUCGCCCACCGGAGAAAAGACAGAGAGUACCUUCAGCAUAUAACAAGUUCAUCAAGGAGGAGAUCCAAAGAAUUAAAGCUAGUAACCCUGACAUCAGCCACAGGGAAGCUUUCAGUGCAGCAGCAAAGAAUUGGGCACACUUCCCUCAUAUACAGUGUGGGUUAAACAAAAGCAAGUAAACUAUGAGGAAGUUCUUGCUGCUGAAGGAGGCCAAAAAUCUUAUGGGUUGUACUGAGAAGCCAAUGUAGUUAUAUUAAGAACCAACUUGUUCAUGUAUGAAACUUGAUUGCGUAUUUUACAUAUUUAUCAAUUGGUAAGUGUACUGAGACAUACAAUUUUUUAUAUAUUUCUGCUUAAUGAAAGGGAUUGACAUCUCAUAUCACAAGGUUUCUUUA